AUGGCGCCCCGAAUUAUGUGGAUAGGUCUGGGGAACAUGGGCAGGGGCAUGUGCAAAAACCUCGUCGAAAAAGGCAACCUCUCCGAACCCCUCAUCAUCUUCAACCGCACCCCCAAACGAAGCCAAGACCUCGCCGCAGCCCUCGGCCCCUCCAUCGUAGAAAUCGCCCCUUCCAUCCCCGAAGGCGUCUCCAAAGCCGACAUCAUCUUCACCUGCAUCGCCGACGACGCCGCCGUGCAAUCGACCGUCGCCGCGGCGCUGGCGGACAAUGACGUCACCGGCAAGAUCUUUGUCGAUUGUUCGACGAUUCACCCCGCGACGACGGAGGGCAUCGCGGAGUCCAUAAUGGCGAGGAAAGCGCAGUUUAUUGCGGCGCCGGUGUUCGGGGCUCCCGCUAUGGCGGACGCAGGGCAGCUUGUCUGCGUGUUGGCGGGGCCGAAGACGGCGGUGGAUUCGGUGAGGAAGUACUUCAAGGGCGUGAUGGGGCGCGCGGAGAUUGAUCUUUCGGAUCAGCCGUACUCGAAAGCGCUGACGCUCAAGGUGCUGGGCAACACGUUCAUCCUCAACAUGGUCGAGCAGCUGUCGCAGGGUCUGGUGGUUGCGGAGAAGUCCGGGCUCGGCACGGAUACCAUGGUGAGCUUCGUCGAGGCGCUGUUCCCCGGUCCUUACUCUGGGUAUGCGCACAGGAUGGUGUCGGGGGAUUAUUACAAGAGGGAGUAUCCGUUGUUUGCCGUCGAUUUGGCGCUGAAGGAUUUACGGCACGCGAAGAGCAUUGCGAAGGAGGCGGGGGUCAAGAUGGAGAAUGCGGAGGCGGCGGGGAGGCAUUUGGAGAUGGUGAAGGAACAUGCUGGUGCCAUGGGGGAUAUUGCGGGGAUUUAUGGCGCUGUGAGGAAGGAGGCGGGACUGAAGUUUGAGAAUGAGUGA